ACGGUUACCAUGGUGAUCAGCCUAAGUCACGUGAACAGGACUUGAGUGACUGCGAGUUAUUUUGCUUAAACAUCAAUAAGAUUAGUAAAUGGACAAAGAAGAAGCGGGGAGGCGGGAAAGGAUUCUUGGGCUCAGAUUACGAUUUAGAACACACCCACCCACCAGCACUGUUUUGACAGUGAGUGACUAGGAAGUCGGGGUCUGAGAAGACAGAAGUUGUGUGACACAAGGUACGGUGUUUUAGCUAGCAAUGUUGAAGUAAACUCCUUAAAGCAGCAGAGACGGAUUACAAUGCCUAAGAGAAAAGAGAAGACCUUGUCUGCGACUAACCAAAAGAAAAGAUUACGGAUUGAAGAGCAGGAAGGAGUAGCCGGGGAUGAAGAGGAUUCAGAGGACCUGGAGCAGUUUCAGCAAGAGGGAUACCAGUUUUCCAGCUCGAGCUUGGGAGAGAUUGGGAUUGUCGAAAGCAUAUCUCUGAAGAACUUUAUGUGCCAUUCUUUGUUGGGGCCGUUUGAGUUUGGGUCAAAUGUGAACUUUAUUAUUGGAAACAAUGGAAGUGGAAAAAGCGCCAUACUAACAGCUCUUAUUGUUGGUCUUGGAGGAAAGGCAACUACUACAAACCGGGGGUUAUCUCUGAAGGGAUUUGUGAAACAUGGACAAAGUUCUGCAGAUAUCACAAUACGUUUGAGAAACAGAGGAACAGAUGCCUUCAAAGGUGAUGUCUAUGGUGACUCCAUUAUUAUAGAGCAGCGCAUCACAUGCGAUGGGAGCCGGACAUGCAAGAUAAAGAGCAAGCUAGGGCAAGUUGUUUCAACUAAAAAAGAGGAGCUCACUGCAAUACUGGACCAUUUCAAUAUACAGGUGGAUAAUCCAGUCUCCAUUUUAAACCAAGAGAUGAGCAAACAAUUUUUACAUUCUAAAAGUGAAGCAGAUAAAUAUAAGUUUUUCAUGAAGGCAACUUUACUGGAACAGAUGAAGGGGGAUUACAUUCACAUCAAGCAAACUAAAGCAAUAACACGUGACCAAAUAGAAACACAAGAAGAGAGUCUGAAAGAUCUAAAGCAAAUUUAUUUGCAAAAAAAGGAACGUUAUGAAAAUUUGUCUUCACUGGAGGAAAUGCAAAAGAAUGUCGAAGUCCUGAAACAUCAGAUGGCUUGGGUUCUGGUAAAGGACAUUGAAAUCCAGAAACAAAAAUUGAAGGAACAGAUUGAAAGGGAAGAAAACAAUGACAAAUAUAAAGUGAAAGUUGAACAAUGUCAGGAUGAGGUUCACAAGGCAGAAAGGAAAAUCCUAGAAACUCAAGACCGUUUGGAUAAGAUGAAAGAGGAGAUUGAUGUUUUGCAGUCGCAGUGCACAUCUUUAAAAGAAGUUGCAAAGAAGAAGAGCAAAGCUUAUAAUGGACAAGAGGCAGCUUACCGUCGCCACCAGAACAAGCUAAAGCAAAUGGAGAGAGAACGCGAUCUCUUACAAGAGAGGAUUAAGGAGCUCAAAACUACUGUGACCCAAAACCUGGAAGCUGAACAUUUGGAAAGACUAAAUGAAAUGUCUACACUGCAGAAACGCCUGAAACUGUUAAAGGCAGAGGGCAAAGAAACCAGUCAGAGAAUUGAGGAACGGCAACAGUCUCUUUACAAAGAGAAAGAAGAGCUUGAUAAACUCAGACAAGAAGAAAACAGAAUACGGUAUUCUUUAGAUUCAAGUGUUAAGAGGCUGAACCAAAUGAAGGCCGGCAGAUCUAAUAGUCUCAGGAGAUUUGGGGAACACAUUCCAGAACUACUUGAAGCAAUAAAUACAGCACAUGAACAAGGCCGGUUUACAAAGAAACCAGUUGGCCCCAUAGGGGCAUGCAUACACCUAAAGGACGCUAGCCUUGCAGUCGGUGUUGAAAGUUGCUUAAGAAAUUUUAUGAAGACCUUCUGCUGUGAUAACUACAAGGAUGAAAAGGUCCUCCAGGGGAUAAUGUCUCGAUUUUAUUCAAAGGGAAACAGACCUCAGAUUAUUGUCACCUCUUUUGCAAGCACUCCAUAUGAUAUAAAGCAAAGAGGUGUUUUCCACCCAGAAUUCCCUUCUGUAUAUCAAGCCUUGCAUAUACCCAACCCUGUGGUGGCUAACUGUCUGAUUGACUUGAGGGGAAUAGAAACCAUUCUACUGAUCAAAGAUAAUGAUGUAGCUCGAAAAGUAAUGCAGCUAGGAAGACCACCUAAAAACUGUCGGGAAGCCUUUACUGGAGCUGGUGACCAAGUCUAUAAGAACCGCUAUUACUCGGAUGACUUCAGCAGGGCAAAGUACCUUGGUGCAGAUUUGGAAGAAGAAAUUGGUCUCAUUGAGUCAGACUUGGAGAACCAGAAGGCCCAGCUAUCAAGAUUUCAGCUCCAUUCAAAUUCUGUGAUUGAUGGCAUCAAGCUGAUGGAAAAAGAGUUGCAGAUCCUCAUUGCCAAAAGAAAAAAACAACAGGGAAGUAUAACUCCAGUUGAGUUAGCUAUAUCAGAACUGGAAAAUGUAGAGGAACCCCAGUCAAUGGACAUCGAUACUCUGGAAGAAGAUGUUCAGGAUCUCCUGAAUAAAAUAGAGUCUGAGCAAGAGAAGGUGAACAAUGCAAAGAAAGACAUGGACAAAGAAAGAAAGAUUAUGGAGGAAGCAGAUUGCAGCUACCAAGAUAUGAAAAAUAAAAUUGCCCUUUUAGUUGAAGAAACAGAACCAAUAAAGGAAGAACAGAUGAAAGCUGAAGCAGAUGCUAAUAAACUUGAGCGCCAAUUAAAAAAUUUGGAAAAGAAGCAAAAUGAGCAUCAAAACUACAUUCAGGAGUUACAAAGCAAGCUUGCUGAUAAAGAAGAAGAAUUGCAGGAUAGUAUUAAACAAGCCAUCCAGAUCUGCCCUGAGCGCUUGCAAGUUGAACGGAGUGCGAAGAGUAUUGACACCGAGAUUAAUCGCUUGAGGCAGCGUUUAAACACAGAGAAGAAUCGACAUGGAAACCAGAAUGAAAUUAUUGGGGAAUAUUUCGAAGCAUUAAAUAACUACAAGGACAAUUCAAGCCAGGUGAAGGACUUAAAGAGGUUCAUAGAUCGACUUGAUAACAUCAUGAACGAGAGACAGGCAAGAUACAAACAAAUGCGACGGUCACUUUCCCUCAGAUGCAAAUUCUACUUCAUUGAUUUUCUUGAUACGCUUAAAUGUUGCGGAUCUAUGUCAUUCGACCACAAUAAUGAGGCCCUUGCAAUCUCAGUGCAGCCUCCAGGUCGAGAGAACGGUGGCAUGAGUGACAUGCGCUCCCUCUCCGGGGGAGAGCGUUCUUUCUCAACUGUCUGCUUCAUCCUCUCCCUGUGGGAAAUCACAGAGUCUCCCUUCAGAUGCCUGGAUGAGUUUGAUGUCUAUAUGGACAUGAAGAACCGAAGAAUUUCAAUGGACUUGAUGUUGAAAUUGGCUGAAUCACAGCAUCUCCGCCAGUUUAUGUUUAUCACGCCACAGAGUACCAGGACAUUGCCUAAAAGCAACCUUAUUAAAAUCCACCAGCUUAUGGACCCUGAAAGGGGGAAUAAGCAACAAAGUGAAGAGGACGAGGAAGCUAGUCAGAAAUCCUAAUUUAUACCACAUUUUGGUUUAUGGUAAUUAUAAUUGCCCAAUUAAGAGAGAGAACUUGUUCACCCACUUGGACAACUUGGUAAGCCUUGUAUAUCUCAAGUCAUGUUUUUUACCCUUGCCUGGUAAUCCCUUGACCAAUGAAUAAAAAAUAGAAAACAUUUGACAACCUAUAAUAAAGUUGAAAUAUAAUAAAUAUUCAAAUAAGUUAUACAGUAUAGAAGAUCAUUGUACAGUACUGUAAUUGUAUACUUUUGUAAGUGCAUUGCAUUAAAACAUUUUUUUAUUGAAAGGUGAUUUUAUGUAACUGACAAUAAAUGUGUACGUCAUCCUGAUGUCAGUGCAAAAAUAAUCUUUAAAUUAUUAUUUAAUACAGUAUUUUGAGAGGUUAAGAGCACAAACUUGCAUACAGUGGUUGAAAAUGAUGUUAAGGGCUAAAUAUGGAAUAUUUUUCUACUGAUAAGAAUUAGUAUUAGGAGCAGUAGAUAAGUGUUAAAACAUGUAAAACUUGUGAGUGAUGUAAUCUUUGUUACACUAGAGGAGAGAGUAUGUGGAGACUAAUGGUUAAGGACAGUUCUGAAGUUGCGUGUCCACAACACUGCUUUGAUUUGAUGUGUUUUUUUUGUUUUGUUUAGUUUUUUAUAAAAUAAUUUGUCAUAUUUCUUGCAUGCUGUUGCAUGGAAGUUUAGUGAUUCCCUGCUUCCACUGUUGCUCAGGCAGCCGGUAGGAUGAGGGUAUAACCCAUAUUCACUCAGGGGACCUCACUCUUGUAGCUGCCACAAAAUCUCUUCAUUUCCAUGGGCCUGGCAUGCAAGAUGGGUUUUAUGGUAAAUAAUACAAUAAUGUAGGUAACUUUGGACAAACAGAAGUUCUUCAUAUAAAUCCACUUGAUGAUUAUAUUUCUUGGUUUGUUCACAUUUCUACCAUUUUCUAGAUUGUAGUAAAAUGUUCAUUAAAAUUGGUAACAGAUCAAUCAAGACCAGAGACAGGAUUAGCUGUAUGGCACACUUGUAUUGAGAUUCACUCAUCCAGUUGUGAUAACAUGUUGUAUAUUGUAGGUAUUCGUUAGCAUAAAUUCACCCCCCACCCCCCCAUAAAUGCAUUUAACAUUUUGUAAA